CAGGCGCCGCCCGCGGUCGCCGCGGCAACGGGACGCGGAGCCGGGCGGCGGCGGCGGCCGCGGGCGCCUCACGCCAUGUCCCAGAUCCUGUGCGAGUGGCUCAACCGGGACGUGAAGCUCUCCCGGCGCAUCGUUCCAGGAUCAUUUCCAGAAGAAUUUUCUACUGGCUACCUCCUAGGAGAACUUCUACACAAAUAUGGUCUUCAGGAUGACUUUAAACAAUUUUCACAGAACAGAGGUGCAGAUGCAAAAAUUAACAAUUUUUCUCGCCUGGAACCCACACUUCACCUCCUUGGUGUGCAGUUUAAUGAGAAUAUGGCCCAAGACAUCAUGACAAGACAGCAUGGGGCUGCAACAAAGCUUUUAUAUGAAUUGUAUAUUGCUUUAGAAAAAAAGAGGAAGGCAAAGCUCACUGGAGUAGCUGUGGGAGCAAUGAGACCUGCAGCAACUGCAAAGCUUACGUCUACUGAAAGUGGAAAUCAAGAGCAUUACAUAGGAAGGAGACAAAAUGAGAUAAUGACCAGGAUUCAAACAGCUGUUAUACAGAUUCAGAAACAACCAUCAAGACCCACCAUAAAAUCUUUUGAAGCCAAAAGAUUCUUAAAGAAGAAGAGGGAAGCAGAGAACGUAUACAAGGAGAUAGAAAAGUUUGAGAAGUCUAUGACAGGAAAUGCCUCUGCAGUACACAGCCACAGUGAUAUGCAAGAAUUAUUGCAAACACAGGAGUUUCAAGAAACAAGUCUAGAAACUAUACCAGAGAUGAGAACUGAGCUGCUAAAUAUUUAUUCAGAUGAUGAAUAUAUAAAGAAAAUUCAAAAACGCGUACAGGAAGAUACAUUCACUAGAGAGCAACGAGCAAAGAGACGACGAAAAAUGCUAGUGGAUCAGUUAGCAGCACAUGAGGCUCAAGAGAGGGCUUACCGGGAGGAGCAGCUCAUUUACAGACUAAUGAAACAAUCUCAGCAUGAGCGAAGGAUUGCUGCUCAACUCAUGCAUGUUCGGCAUGAAAAAGAGGUGCUAAGGCAAAACAGAAUUUUCAGGGAAAAGCAAUAUGAAGAAAGACGACAGAAGGAGUUCCAGGAAGCUCUUGAUAGAGAAGCGGCUCUUGCAAAACAAGAAACUAUUGAUAACGAAGAACAAAUAGCCAGAGAAAGAGAAUACCAUGAGAAAAUUGCUGCUGAAAGAGCUCAGGCACGCUAUAAAAAGCAUUAUUCUAUAUGCUGGGAAAUUAUAUGCCAAAUCAUUGAUAUAUCAACAAAAGUAGGAGAAUAUCGUCAACUGACAAACAACCGUGUUCCACUAAAACUGAUGCUGGAUUGGAAAGAACUUUUUUUUAAUGGAAAACCAAUAUAUGAACAAGCUUCAAUUCAACCUUUGCCAGAUGAACCUAGCCCAGAACAACUUGUAGAGCUGAAUAAAAUGAGUCUGUUAGAUGAAAAAGAUUAUGGUGAAUACAAGAGUAUGACAGGGGAAUGGAGCCCAACUGAAGAGAACAGUGAAAAUAAACCUCCUCUUAAUAAUAACAUAUUGGGUCAUGUGCUUCGUAGACUGAUGGAAAUGUUCUAUCCUCCAAAACCCAAAUCUUCACGUGAAUUUCCUUCAUUUCCCGUCAAGGGAUGUAUUUUGGGAAAAAUGUUUAGUGGAAAAACUACCUGUGCAAAGUUUGUUGAAAAAGUUUGCAAUAUUCAGGUACUAUCUGUUGGUACUCUGGUUCAGGAGGCCAUUGAAGCUUUUCUUAAUAAUGAAAUGAAAAGUGAAUCCAGCAUAAUUUCACAGGAAGCAGAGAGUUCUGGAGAGCAAAAUGAGGCCCAGGAGAACUUACCAAAUUCACCACCAAAUCUUCUAGAGGAGCUCCAAACAGAGCCCACAACAGAAGUUCCUACAGAACCUAUUUUAGACAAUUGUCUUGUUGAAAAGGAUCCGUCCCAGCAUGAAAUCCAGGAAGAAUUUGAAUUGGAUAAGAGUCAGGAUGGCCUAUCCAAGGAUCCAUCUCAGGAUGAAAUCCAGGAGGAAUUUGAAUUGGAUAAGAGUCAGGAUGGCCUAUCCAAGGAUCCAUCCCAGGAUGAAAUCCAGGAGGAAUUUGAAUCGGAUAAGAGUCAGGAUGGCCUAUCCAAGCUAUCUGUACGUGCCCAGCUUGGUGCCGCAUCACAGAAAUGGCUGAAGAAUGGCAAAAGUGUUCCUGAUGAAUUACUAAUUGACAUCCUCUUGGAAGCCAUUACCCAAAUACCACCAGAGAAGGGGUGGAUUGUGGAGGGGUUUCCAAUGACAAUUAAUCAGGCAAAGCUAUUUGAAAAAUCCUAUACAGGGAUUGAUGUAGAAGCAAAAGAUCCAAUUUCUGAAAAGCUUUCCCUUGCUAUAGAUCCCAGAACCCCUAACAAGCCUCCUCCUACCUCACCUGCAUUUGAUGUUUCUAUAUUAUUGGAUAUUUCAGACAGUCUGGUACUGAAACGUGCAGCUGACAUGAAGUUAGAUGAAAGAAAGGCAUCUCAGGCUGAACAGAGCAGCGAUCAAAAUUCAGAUGCUGAAAUCCUAGAAGAGAAUAUUGAUUUGGCCAGGGAGCAGGUGCUACAUAGGAUUUCAGGCUUCCUAAAGACGUGGCCAAAAUUAGAGAAAUGGUUUUCAGUCCAUCAAAACAAUCUAGUGAAAGUAAAUGCAGAGACAGAAGAAAGUCUUAUGUGUGAAACAGUGAAGGAAAUUAUAAUAGAAGAAAUGGUAAAAAAUCAGAAUAGAAGGGCUGCUGAAGAAAUACCACCAGAAAAAGAAAAUGUUUCACCAGUUACAAAUGAAGAAGAGGUUUUACCAGUCACAGAUGAAGAAGAAAAGGUUUUACCAGUUAUAGAGCCUUCUCCCUUGCCUGAGGAACCACCAAUGAUCGAACCAGGAUCAGAUGAAUGGAUUUAUGUAGAUGAACCACUUCCCCCGGAGAUAAUUGAUUUUUUAGUACCUUACUGGGAAAUGGUAGAAAAUACAUAUAUGAAUACAAUCAAAACUGUACUUAGGUGUCUGAGGGAUGAAAAGUACGCUAUAAUUCAUUACACAGCAGAUAUUAGAAAAAAAUUUCAAGAUUAUUUGAAACGUCCACAUCUUAAGCAGGAGCUUGUAUCUCAGUGGCAAGCAGAUUUUAAUUCAAUUGCUAAUGAGCUGCAAGACGAUGAGGAAACAAAAGCUGAACUACACCAAAGGGUUACUGACCUAAGAGAUCUUCUCUGGGAUAUCUGUGACAUCAGAAGGAAAGAAGCAGAGCUGGAACGUACUGAUAUCAUGAAUGAAGAGUGGUUACCAGAUCGUAGGGGGAUUGCAAUGAACCAUUUCUUAACACUUAUGCAGGUUGAACUGGAUCGUUUCCAAGAUACAAAGAGACUUCUUCAUGACUAUUAUAGGGCAAUGGAAGGAAAAAUCCCAACAGAAGAUACUCAAGAUUUUACUAGAAUCCCAUUGUUAAAUAUUAUUAAUGGAGAACAGAAAGACGAUCAAGAUGAAUCAAGAAGGAUUCCUCUAGUUUCUUUGAAGCCACUUUCACCCGGUGGUGAGUCAGAAAAGAGUGGAACUAAGAAGAGGAGUCUUCAGGAUAAGAGUUCUGAAAGUGGAGUGACCACUUGCAGGAAUGAUAAAAAUCUUGUUAUUGAUACAUGGCAAACAGCAGUAACAGCGGUAUCAGAUAUGGUAACAGCUGAAAUAGAGUUUAGAGAAAUGGAGGAAGAACAAGAACUUCAGCUAAAACAGAAAUCUUCGAAAGCUGCACAGAAACAACCAGGCAAAGCGGCUGGGAAAGACACCAAAGGUGCCAAAAAGGCAUCUUCCAAAUCACCUCCUAAAAAAAAAGGAGCAAAAGCUACUUCAGCUUCUAUAGACCCAGAAGAAUUAAGGAAAGAAGAACUGGCACUUAAAAUAAAGCAAGAAUAUUUCAGUGCCUUGAAACAUGAGGAGGCAGCCACAAAAUCUCGGCUGGAACUUAUAAAAGAAAAAGCUUUAGCAUAUCUUGAGGAUCUAAAAUUGAAAGCAGAAGAGGCUUAUAAAGAUAUGGAAAAGUGGCUUGGAUCCACCUUCUUGGAGGAAAGAUCAAGUGUUGAAAAAUUGAUAGAGGUUGCACGACAUCAUAUUGAGAGUUCUAGCAAAAUCCUAUAUGAAAUGACUUUAGAAGGAACAGAUUUCUACAUCAAUAGAGACGUAAAAAUGGUUCCUGACCCUGUUCCUGACCCUGUUCCUCCACCAGAAUUUCAGCGCAUAGAAACCUCUGGAAGCAGUACUCUAACUAUUUCACAACUUGCUACACUUCAUAAGCAGUUUCUACAGCUGGCACCUAAAGCCAUAAAAGCACUGAAGCAAUUUAAAAGCAAGACUAAUUCUUCUAGCAACAGAGAAGUUGGUGACAGAGGGAAAGAGAAGAAAGAUUUGGAACAUCAGAAAUCAAAGAGGAAUCACCAGUUUCCAAAAAUAUGGCUAACAAAAUACUCCUGGUUAAAAUAUGAUGAUGAAAGGGGAAUAAUGUUUUGUGUACCAUGUCGUAAACAUAAUGUUGAUUUGGGGGAAAAUGUUCAUAAUUUUUGUUCUGGCACUGAUGACUUCAAACUUGAAUUUAUAAACACACACCAGAGUAGUGAAGCUCAUGCUUGGGCUACCUGCAUGGAAGCUGCCAGUUCUGCUUCACCAGAUGCAGCUUCUGCUGAGCAGAUGUUGAAGAGCAUGAACUCCAUAACAUUGGGUAGAGUAGAAAAUAUUUUUAGAAGAUACCAUGCUAUUGCUAAAUCUGGCUCUCCCUAUACAGACCCUGAUGGAAUGUGCAAACCAGAUAAACUUUAAUAUGACCUUUCUCAGGCAUGUUCUUCUGAAAACUUCCCUACAGAGGCAGAACAGAUCCAUCUUCCCAUUCCUGAUUAUUUAUUGCACUAAUUACUCUUCCCAUAACAAGUACUUUUACAGAUAGGAUGUGAUUAAUACACUUCACAGCUUGAACUGCUUUUUGUUUCCCUGUUAGAAUACUUGUAAGGGUUGCAAUAAGAUUACUGUAUCUUGAUUUUUAAUCUAGGAGCUGAGAAUGAGUAUGGUUUAGAGAAUAUGUAUUUUCAUAAUUCUACAUAUUCUAAAUGCACCUUUCUACUUGAUAAUUUAAAAAUGUAAAGCAUACCAGCAGACUAUAUUUCUACUAUCAAGGAAAUAACAAUGAUUUAUAUCAAAAGAUAGCUAAAAUUGAAUCAUUAAAGACCCUUCUUGGUUCCUCCAACAGCAAAUGAAGAUGUACUACAGGUAAUUUGGGAGAAAUGAAUAUGAGGUCAUUCACCUUUGAAUCCAGCAUCUCCUAAAUCAAGAUAACUCUACUUUCAAUAUAAAGUGUAUGUAGUAAUGCCAAUACCCCAAACCCUACUGUACUCCUCAGCUACUCUCUGUACUGUGCUAUGCUAUACCACACACACACACACACAUAUAUAUAUAUAUACACACAUACUGUGUCUUUGGUGUUUUGCAUAGAUGUUCAUGCUUCUUCUGGGUAUAAACAAUGUGUCAGAGUUCAGUAGAUUUUGAAGGAAUUCCUCAUUAAAGCAUAUUGGUUCACUCCAGUAGAGUUAAUCUGUGUCAGAAAUAGAGAUCAGUACAGUGUAUUGUAUAAAAUAUCUGAACUAGUGAUUUCGCAGUUAAAAAAAAAAAGUUUAGAUAUACUUUGCCUAAUAAGAAACAGGAUAUAUGUUUCAUGGAUUACCUUAUUAGAUAUGUGGCCUGUUAUAUAUUAGAAUUGUGAAUUCAAGGGUUUUAUUUUAAAUCACAUAAUACCAGGAGGGUUCUUUUCCCUCAAAGUUUUCAAAUGGAGAUUUUUAACUAUGCUGAGAUUAGAAAAAGUUUGAAAAUGCAUCUCAAGGAUGUCCAACAGGUGAAAACAAAAAAAGAAAGAAAAACCAAAAAAUGGUGGUUCUGUAUCUGUAACACUGAAGUCACCUCCAUGAUGCAGGGUGGGGACACGUUUUCUCACACUCUACAUCUAUGAAACUAGCAGAAUUCCUUCAACCUCACACCUCAGGAGAUAUAUUCUAAACCUGUGAUGAUUCUUGCUGCUUUCUUUUGGGCAGUCUUAUUUUGCAUCCAUCCUUCUUGAUAUAGAGUUUCCAAAGUUGUAUUAUAGCAGAAGCCUCAACAUCUGGGGGAGGGGGGGGGCGAAAAAAGAUUAUUUCCAAUGACUUCCCAUGUACUUUCUCAUAUUAUUGUAAUCUGCUAUAAUCCUUAGAGACUUUUCCAUAGAAAUUUUAUUUUGGAAGUAAGAUUCCCCUUGGGACAUUUAUUCAGUUCAUUAUGUUAGCCCAGUGGGGCACUUGACAUUUAUCUUUAUUGGAUAUUGUCCUUUUAUUCUAGGCUUUAUCUCUAAUUUUUAACAUUCACUUUGAAUUCUAAUCCUGUUCUCCAAUGUGCUAGAAGUCUGUUCCUGAAUUGUUUUAUGUACAGUGUAAUAAAUAUACCAAUUUGUGCAGUCAAUUUCCAAAAAGUACUUUGAUCUGUUUUUAGUAAAACUUACUUACUGACCCUGACUAUCUCCUCAGUUUUUCAAAAUCUUUGUGAAUAGUGACUCUCUUUACAAGAUGCCUGCUGCUCCUUCUAAUUAAAAAUGUUUCAUUUUCUAUUCAGUCUCCUACAUUAUUCAGCUAAAACUUAUUAGGUUUGGUUUCUUUUAUUUUGUACUUAUAAAAGGAUUUUGUAUAGAGCAUACCUGUUUUGAAAUGAGGCUUUCUAAGUGGAAAAAGUGAGUUCUCGGAAUUGUCUUCCUUUUUCCUUCCUAGGAGACAUUAUUUUCUUUCACCACUGGCAGAGUACCAUUUGCAGACACCAGUAUUCUUUUCUGAGUACCAUCUGUGUGGCUGCCCACUCUCAGCAUCUCUUGAUGAUUAUGGAGCACUGACAGCCCGUGAGCUGAAAUCAUGAGUCACCUAUUGUUUGGUAUUAUAAUCAGAUAUUCAAAACUAGUUCUGUGCUCUGUAAUAUAUACCCAAAUCCACUAAGUCUAGACAAAGAUCCUAAAAACACAGUGAGGAAUGUAUUUCAUCGAACCUCAUGUUUGUGUGGGAUUUCCUCUGUUCCUCUGAGACUCCCUCCUUUCUCCUACAUAUGUCAGUAGGAGGAAUUAAGUCACAGUCCAUUUGAAGAUUUUUAACUACUAUAACUCUGGAAUUAUCCCUCAUCAGAUGUUUCAGAAGGAGGUGGUAAAAUAAAAGAAAUUGCCCUACAGCACAUCAGCAAUUCUAUAGUUAAUAUAAACAAUUACAUAGUUUAUGUAAAUUGUGAUUUAGAUUGCAAUCCUUUAAUCCCAUCUCUGACAUUUGUUUUGAUGCAAGUUCUUUAAAUUUAAUGUCCCUCAUACUUUCAAUGUAUGUUUCUGAAGUCAUGUAGCUUCACAAAAAGUGUUAUGAGGAUAUUAGUAUCCUUUUAGAAUUCUGUGAAGAAAAUCAAAAUUAAAUUUCAUUUCAGGAAGUCAGAAAAUCAUAAGAAAUGCAGGAACUACAUCUUUUCGUGCAGAGAGAUCAUAGUGGGGGUUGAACAGUUUAAAACAUAAGAUGUUGUGACAGAAAUCUAAGUUAGACUGCCAGUGAUCAAAUGGAAAGGGAAAUGUUUAACAAAAACCAAAUAUUAUUAGCUGGUCUCUUCAUGAUAAAGCAUUAGAAAAUCUGAUACUGCAAAGAAGUUGUAAAAAUUUUCCCUGACAUUUUUUUGUUCACCGGCUCCUUCUCGCAUCAUAGCCUAUUUUCCCCAUGAAUCACUAAAAUAUUACCUGGUUUAUGGAAUCUUAGAGGAAGUGUCCCGGUCAUGAUGCUCCUGUGAUGCAGGCUUCAUUGUGCUAUAUGGAAAUAAUCUGAUUAUUGAGGAUUGAAGCUUUCAUGAAAAAAAAAAAACAAAUUUCCAUUUACCUUAAAUUAUAUUAGCAAUCCAAGGUGCUUCAGGAAACAGCACGUGAUUUAUCACAAUUUUUAGAAUGUGUACUUUCUCAGUGCAGAUAAAUAAAAAACUUCCCAGAUGUCAGAAAACUGUUACCAGUCUGACAGUAUUUUUUCCCCAGCUUUUGCUUUCAUGCUGAAAUGUGGGGGGAGGAUAUGAAGGCUUCAAGUCCAGGUGUCUCUCCCUUCCUUCUUUCUGUCCCAACAGACUGAGCUUCCCAAAUCUAUUUUUGUCUUCCUCUCUCCACGUGUAUAUAUGUAUAGGAUUUCUCUGCUGUAUUAAGAUGUGCUGGGGCAUUAAUCCUGGUUUUCCUGACUGGAGAUAAACAGGUCUACAAAGAUGCAGACCAUUCAAAUUAGCAGCUUGAUUUUGAAUAAUGACACAAUGAAAUUAAUACUCAAACACAUUCUUCAUAUUGCUAUCACAUAGCUUUUUCAUAAACCGAAAUUUCACUUCACUGUUUCACUUCAAACAAAGUGUCUUAGCCAUAGAAUGUGCACAGCUUUGCCUUUUCAAAUGGACAAGAAGUUUGACUGGAAAAAGGAAAAGAAUAAGUAAGUCUUCCCAACAUUUCACUGAUUGUGUUUGCUUUUAAAGGUAAUCUGAAAACUCCUGUUUUGAUGCCAUGGAAUUGAUCACAACCUGACCAAAUCAGCUUUAUCUCUCAAAAUUUAAAUAACUUGAAACGUAUUUUACAUUUUUUGUUGUUACUGCAGAGGUUUUACAGUGAACUCUCACUGACCCAGCAAAGUCCAUUUCUGAAAGAAAAGACUCUUAUCUGUUUUAAAAAAUUUUUAUACAUAACUUUGUGCUUUCAUGUCAUACAUGAAGUUUGAAGUUUCUGUUUGGUCACAAGCAAAUCUAUUCCUGCUUUUAAAAAAAUUGGGUUUUCUGCACUUAACUGAUUUUUUCCUUAGGAUUUCUUUUAAAAUAAAAUUAAUGGAGCUAUUUCUAACUCCCACAUGUGAGUUCUGAGAAGCUUUUCAAACAGUUGAAUUUUGCUUCAGAAUUCAGCAGACAACAGUGCAUGUUUUCUACCC